AUGAAUAUGACUAAAAACAAAACCACUAGUAUAGAGGAGUUUGACGAUAAUGAUGAUGAUAUACGUCCUGUUAGUUUGGGAGCUGUGGACGAUUUUAAUACUGCAUUCGAGCUACCUUUGAAACCGAAGUUUCUACAGAGUGAAAAUUUCUCAGACCUAACAAGUGAAUGGGAACAGUCUAGAUCAAAUACACCUGGCCUGUUCAACAGCAUGACUGAAAAAGUUCAGUCACACAGUGUAGCGGAUUUUUCAAGAAAUAGAACACAUGUAGAGCAACUUUUGCAAUCUGCCAAUGAAAUGAACAACUACUUGUCACAGAAUAUUGAAAGCAUAAACAGUUUUCAGGUGGGUUUAUUAAAUGGAGGGAAAGGGUUGUAUAGUUCGAUGAUUGACGAUUCGAGCGCAUGUAUUAAUGGAACCAAUUUGAGUUCGACGUCUAACUUUGGCCUAAGUGACGAUGAGCUAGAGGAUACUACAGGCUGUACAAGUUCCAUCUUUGAUAAAGACCUUUUACGCCAACAGAAUGUGUCAAAAAUACCUCGCCGUAAAUCUUCACUUUUUAAACCUUCAGCUGCUAGGUUUGAAAUAGGUGAUUGUAGAGAUGUUGAGGAGCACGAUAUUGAAGAAUCCCAUUUUUCUGAAUGUAGCAGCAUAGCAAGCUUUGAUAUAGGGGGGCUGCAUAUUAGUCCACCACAUGAUCAUGAAAAAGACCAUGAAAAACCUGAUUUGGAAAGCCAAAACCCACUGCUAUGUGGCAUAUCUGGUGACGUUGAAGUGCCCCAUAUACCGGUUGGUGAAGCUCUAGAAAACCUUAAGCGAACAAUAGAUCUAUUACUAAAGCUCAGUAACAAUAAGAGCUGCAUCGGUUCUAAUAGUGGAAUGGAGAAGAAAGAAUACGCAAAUUUUUACAUGAAGAGUAAACCAUCCUUGUCAUCUGUAGAUUUCCUCAAGAGAAUUCAAGACAAAUGUAAAUAUGAGCCAACUGUUUACCUCGUGGCAAUGUUUUUAAUUGAAAUGCUCUUUCUAACGAGAAAUAAAAACGGUGAUGAUGGUUUGCAAUUAAAACGUAAACUGAAAGAGAAGGAGGUGCACAGAGUGAUAAUAGCAGCUGUUAGGUUGAGCACAAAACUAUUAGAGGAUUACGUUCACUCACAUGAGUAUUUUAGCAAAGUAUGUGGAAUUUCAAAGCGUCUUUUAACUAAGUUAGAAGUCAGCUUAUUGAUUUGUUUGUGCAAUAAUGAACUGAUGAUCAGCAAUAAAAAGCUGGCUGCCUCUCAAUUUGUUCUGAAUGAACUGCUGUCUUGUUGUAAAUAG